AUGUCACUUGUACCACGUGCACUCAUCGUCCCUGAAAUGCAAGGCAGGUGGAGGCCACUGGACGGGGCGAGAAUCGUGAACGGCGCGCGCGCACUCGUCGGGCAGUUCCCGCACCAGGCGCUCGUCCUGGGGGACGGAGUGGUGCUGUGCGGCGGCUCGCUCAUCUCCGAGCACUCCGUCCUGACGGCCGCACACUGCACCGUCAACUUCAAGAAGUACCAUAUACGCCUGGGAGGCAUCCACAUGACGGAGAACGAUGAUACCACCAUCUGGACCGCGGAAGCCAUCUGGGCCAGGGCACAUCCAGAAUUCAACGCGUUUGGGAAAUCAAUCAAUGAUGUGGCUGUUAUCUUCCUGCCUAAGCGUGCUCCUUUGAGCAUGCGGUCACCUCCAGACCUUCUUCAAUGGACCCAGGUGAAGGUUGUUCCCAAUAACGUAUGCGCGCAGUUCUACGACACUGGCAACGUUGUUGAAAGUACACUGUGUGCCAUUGGAGAGCACACGGGUGGCUGCUCUGGCGACAGCGGUAGUGCACUUGUUAUCAAAACGAAAGACGGUUUCAAGCAGAUCGGCGUGGUCAGCUUUGGGUCCGCGGACUGCGACACAGCUAAACCCUCCGCUUACGCCAGAGUAACCUCCUUCCUCGAGUGGAUCACCAGGACUGCCAAAAUGAGGAAAUAA